CUAAGUCAUCUCAUCUCAAAUGUCUCAUUGCGCCACAGCUACAACAACACAGCUCAUCUACGCAUGUUUUAGCGCGUUUUUACGCUUCUUGUAUCGCUUCGUAGCCAGUUCAUCGCUAACGUUUUGAGAUGUCGAUUUACCGUCACAACACAGGUUUUUGCCCAUGAAACGAAGCUAAUGCAUCGGAAUAAAGGUUGGUAAAGUGAUAUGCGUCGGAGUUAGCAAUCCCUUUCGCGGUGCUAAACAGAUUUACGCAUACUAGAUGACAUUUAAGAUGAGAACCUUGCCAAGUUGGUUCAUGUUUCUAUCUUCUGUAUCUUGUCUGACUUGAUACUCGAUGGCAGCACUGAAAUUCAUUUUGGCCGUUACGAACGGCGAUUUGGAGGCCGUACAGUUGUUUUUGAACAAGCAGGAGAACAGCGACCUCGUAAAUUACUCCGAUGAGUGUGGAAACACGCCGCUGAUACACGCCAGUGCGAAUGGCCGCGAAAAUAUCGUCAGAUACUUAAUAAGCAAAGGGGCCAGGUUGAAGCCUUCUCUCUCUUGUAACGACUACGGCUGGACGCCGCUAAUGGUCGCGUCUUAUUAUGGACACUUUCAGAUCGUCGCUGCGUUGCUACAAAGCAUCUCGGACCCCGGCGAGGUUACCUACACCAACCGGCUGGGCUCUACAGCGCUGCACUGCGCGGCGCGUUGCAAUCACAUUCAAGUCGCCGAGCUUUUGAUUUCGAAAGGCGCUGAAGUGAACGGUGUGGUAGACGAGAGCCAUCUUUUGGACAGGAAUUGCAAUAGAUCGCCGCUUAUGGCCGCCGUGCAACACGGACACGACGAGAUGACACGACUUCUGAUUUCGCAAGACGCGAACGUGAACUGCGUCGAUCUUCUUACAAAAUGGACGCCGCUAAUGCUCGCUGCGUCGAACGGUCAUAAGACUGCUGUUACGAUCCUACUAGAAAACGGAGCCGACGCGAAUCUCGUCAAUAUCUGUGGGCAAACUGCUCUGGACAUCUCCAGGCAGAUGCGACGAAAAGAUGUCGAGAACGAGCUGGAGCCUGUCACGAAGCGACGCAUUUCUGACCCAGGCAAGUCGCUGCCCAGAAAGAUUGAUCUUAUCGAAGCUGCCAAAGAAGGAAGUUUAAGGCAAAUACAAGAACUCGCGUUACAAAGUGAUUUUGAUGUGAAUGAAACCAAGGAAGACGGUAUGACGUCACUGAUGUGGUCAGCGGUGAAGAACCAGUUUCGCAUUGCCUUAUUCCUUAUCCAGAAAGGAGCUGAUGUUAACAUACGAGAUAAUCCCUACGGUUGGACAGCCUUGAUGCACGCUAUCAAUAGCAACCACAAAAGUAUAAUUUGCCUUCUGAUUUUAAAUGGUGCCAAUAUACAGUUAGAGUCACACGAUAAGACGAUACCAUUUGACCGAGCAACCGUGGUUGGUGACAGCGAAGUUAUUAGAAUCUUGGGUGCAGCAAGUAACAUCAACGAAGUCGAUGUCUGGAAGCAAAAUUCCAGCUGGGCUUUUUUAGUCAAAACCUUGCAGGAAUGCCUUUUCCGAGACAAGAUUGACAUGAAAGUCAGAUAUAAUUCCGCUACAAAAGAACUCCAGUUUUUGGACUUAUCCGAUAAUAACAGGCAGGGCUUCAAGAUAUCGUGGACGAAAAGAAUAAACAAGUUGCAGUAUAAUUUCAACCGAACAAUUCAUUUGUUAAACAAACGUCAACCAAGCAAACCACAAACACUCAAACCAGUGUCACACGAAGUAUUCAGUCGUCUGCCACAAAAUAUAGACGCUACCAGCAACCCGAAUCUCUUGACCCGAGGAAACGAUAUGAAUACAGCUCUUUUAGAAUCGUCUACAAUCGAGCUUACGGACCCGAGAAAAACCACUCUGUUGCCAUUGGCGGGACCAUCGGUGAAUGAGUGGCUAGGGGAAAUAGUUACCCCCAUCGUUCCUCCUUUCACCCCAACCACGACUUUGGACUUCAAUACGAAGCAAAGAGAAUUGACAGAUUCAUUAUUGUCCACAUCACCUCAGGACAGCGAGUAUUCUUAUGGGUCAAAAACGAAGGAUCAGAUCUCUCCAAUUUCGUCUCGUCGUAGCAGUGGACAGAGUCCUGAAUCAUCUUUCAAUUUAUCACCUGUGCAAAGCCCUGGAACGUCUUUUAACAGCGGCCCAAACAUCAGAAGUCCUCGAUACAAGCUGGACCCUUGGUAUUCCGCACAGCGAAGAUCGUCAUCCUCAUCAUCUCUUCCCGGUAGAUCUCCUUCCCAAAACUCGCAUUUCUUCGCGCCCAAAGCAACGAACAAAUUUCCAUCCAGACGAAAAUCCAAUUCCCUACCACGAAUUGGUCGUGGCACCGUCGCUCCGGUUCAAAGCUCGCGUGGUCUUACCAAAAGUGAAUCAGAUGAAUCAGAAAAGAUGAAAGAUUGGUUGGAAAAGCUCUCGUUACAACAGUACACUCCAAUAUUAGAAGAAAACGAGAUUGAUACAGAUACCUUUCUGACGCUGAACAAAGCAGAUCUGGAUCAAAUUGGAAUAAAGCAAACUGACGCACAACGACAAAUCCUCGCUGCUGUUCAACAGCUAAGGAGGAAAAGGGAAAGGAACCCUGUAUUAAUGAAAGCCGAUGCCUGGGCGUCGUGAUGUGAUAAAGUCAACGAUCAAGUCAGGAGGCGGUUGAGACUGGCCCUAUAUGAGCAUCAGGCCGAGCGAAGCGCAGAAAUGCAAUCUACGAUGAAAGGUUGGAUCAGGGCUAUACUAUGAUUAUAGUGACCCGCUGAAGAAUAAAUGUUGGAUGAAAAAUAACGUCAGAAAUACUAGGGAUUCUUUGUUUGCUUAUGACGUCAUGAUCUUUCAUGGGCGCCAUCUUGGUUCACCCUUCAAUGUUUAUAUCUUCUAUUUUUCAAGACGAAAAGGAAACUAAGGGCCCUGUUACACGGCGCAAUUUUUCUUGCAACUUGCAAUGCAAUUCUACUUUUUUUCGAAUCCAUAACUGUGUACAAAAUGAAACCAGUAUCGUAAUAUUAAAAAGCUAAAAUUUAGCGAAUAUAGUAAUAAAAUUUAUCCCAUCUGAAGAAGAGAUUGCAAAACAACAAGAUAAGUGCAAUGAAAGCGAUAGCCAUGAAAAGUGAACUCUCAAAUACAUGUAAAUCAUUCCAGGUUGUAUGUGAGACGCUGGCAUGCCGACAAAUAAUUAUAUAUUCGCGGUCUGAUUUAAAAGCUGCGUUGUACAUAAAAUUGAUCCUGUUGGUAUUAAGGAAAGCGUUUAAGUAUUUGGCCGUGAUCAUGUCCUAUAACUACGGAUGGAAGCCUUAGACUUGUGAAUUGUAAGUUUUUCCAUAACUUAACUAGUUGUGCAUGUUGCAAAAGAUGGAUUUUUGAUUUAGACAGUAGAGAAACAUGAAACUCUCACUCCCUUAGCUUCACCUCGUCUUCAGAAUGUUGGCAAACAAGCGCCUUUCCUUUCGAGAACUGUACCAAUCAAGCCGCAAAUUGUCUAGGAUUGGGGCAGUCUUGCUGGCCUUUUGGGCGUACCAGCGGCAGAGAGAAAAAUCAUUCGUACUUGUGAUAAAUACUCAGAUGACCGAGAUCGAAAUGAUAAAAAUAAUGUUAUCUUAACGUAUGGAAAUUUUUUCACGUGAGAGAUCUAGACUAGCUCACUCCUUGAAGGAGAACGGACAAUGUGAUUCAACAGAACAAAUUUUAUAUGGAAAGUGGAUACUUUUAUAAUAAUGUUCUGGUUCCGGUGUACGGGUACGGGUAGCCUUAUUUUGUUCAAUGAAUUUCCAUGCAUCAGUGUUUCUCAAUUUUUUCGAAGAAUAACUUGACAAUUCCUUUCUAGUAGACUUUAGUCUCUUGAGGUAAGCAUGAUUUGUAUCUUGAAACGUGCAAACAACAAGAAAUUCCAAUGAACAAAAUAUGGCUACCCGUACCCGUAUACCGAAACCGGGGUAUCUUAACCUCUCUAAUAAAAUAUGCUUCAGAAUUGGUGUGGUUCACGGUUCACACGAGUAUAAAUAUAUGUAACACGAAUAACAGUAAUAUUUGCAAAUAAUCUUAUGACCUGCAUUUUAAACAUAUAUUGAUUUGUAUUUUUGAGGAUUAAAUAUCCCAUCUUCUCACUUGAUCACUUGAGAACUAUACCUAUGAUAUUUCAGCUGUACGACAUUUUAGAAUAAAAAUAACCA